AUGUCUUUGCGUUUCGUUAUUGCAAUGGUGAUUCUGGGUCUGAUGGUGACGCCUUUUACGAUAGAUGGUUACCCCAAGUAUGUCGAGCUUAUUCCAAAUGGCGGUGAUGUACCCGAUGUACCGAAUAUUGGACAUUUAGAUCCUGCUGGUGAAACAGGAUUAAGUACAUUUGGUGAAGCUUUUUCCAAGACGAAUAAUGUCUGGACUGUUGCAGUGUGUCAACAAGACACGGAUGGAGAUGGAUAUACGAAUGGUCAAGAGCUUGGAGAUCCGUGUUGUACGUGGACAGAGAGUAAUAAAGUUGGCCUUAUCACAGACGGUGUGAGUGAUCCGUCCGACGUGUCCAAGAUUCCUACAAACAGCGAGCUACUAGCAGGUUGUACGAGUUUUGGUGGAGACACAAGCAGUGGAGAUAUGGCUGGUGUUGUGGGGACAGUUGCUCCAGGGGACUCAACUAUGGGUGGAAUGCCACCUGAUGACGAUGAAGACGACUCGUCAGAAAGCGCUAUGCUAACGAACGGUUUUUCUGGGAUAUCUGUUCUCAGCAAGGUGGUAAUGGGAAUGGCAGUGAUUGUAGCAAUUGCUGUAGCAUGGUAA